AAAGAAAAGAAAAGAAAAAUCUGCAAUUCUAAUUUCUAAGCCACUCAGACUGUUCUCGUCGCUGCUGCUUGCUUGCUUGCUUGCUUUAACAGCUUCCUCCUCUCAUCUCUUAUGGCAAAACCUUUCAAAUUUUGCUAGAAGAAUACCCAAAGAAAAUCAAAAUGGCCUCUAUAUCCACAUGCUUCACUGUUUCCGCCAAAUCUCGCAUCCUAUGUUCUCAUCCAAUUUUCGCUUCGAAAACCUCAUUUCGUCUUAAACCUCCCGAUUCUUUUACUAGUAUCCAGCCACUUCAUUUCGUCAGAAUUCCCUCCAAAUUUACCAACUCUAGGGCUUCUGCGGCCUCCGUGAGGGCGAGCAUGGAUUUUCCCACAGGAAUUAGACCUGGAGGUGUCGUCGAGAGUGAUAAAUUGCCUGCAGAUGUGAGGAAGCGAGCGAUGGAAGCUGUUGAUGCCUGUGGAGGGAGGGUUACGAUAGGGGAUGUGGCCAGCAGGGCUGGGCUUAACUUGAAUCAAGCUCAAAAGACUCUCCAGGCUCUUGCUGCUGAUACUGAUGGAUUUUUGGAGGUGUCGGAUGAAGGUGAUGUGCUUUACGUUUUCCCUAAAGAUUACCAAUCAAAACUUGCAGCAAAGUCAUUUAGGAUGAAAGUUGAACCUUUGAUAGAGAAAGCAAAGGCCACAGCUGAAUAUCUUAUUAGGGUUUCCUUUGGAACAGCACUGAUUGCUUCAAUAGUUAUUGUUUACACAACAAUAAUAGCUCUCCUUUCAAGUAGAAGUGAAGAAGACAAUCGAGGAAGACGUGGAGGCAGAUCAUAUGAUUCAGGAUUCACCUUUUACUUUAGUCCUACUGAUCUAUUUUGGUACUGGGAUCCAUAUUACUAUAGGAGGAGACAAGUUCAAAUUGAUGAUGAUGGCAAGAUGAACUUCAUUGAAUCUGUCUUCUCAUUUGUGUUUGGGGAUGGUGAUCCUAAUCAAGGAAUUGAAGAAGAGAGGUGGAAGUUGAUUGGACAAUACAUUUCCUCCAAUGGUGGUGUCGUCACAGCUGAAGAACUUGCACCAUAUCUUGAUUUGCAGAAUACUGAGCAAAUUAUGAAUGAUGAGUCAUACAUUUUACCAGUUCUUCUACGGUUUGAUGGUCAGCCAGAAAUUGAUGAAGAGGGCAAUAUUCUGUACCGAUUUCCUUCACUUCAGCGUACAGCUUCUUCUCAGAGAAGUAGGAGGAAGGAAUAUGUAGGCAGGAGAUGGGCGGAUUGGAUUGGGCUUGAGAAGUUUUUCAGUGAGAAAAAAUGGCAAUUCAGUAAGACCGGUGCAGCAGAGAGAGCAAUGGUCAUUGGGUUGGGUGGGGCUAACCUGCUUGGAGUCAUUAUUCUUGGAGCCAUGUUAAAGGAUAUUGCUGUUACACCAAGUGGAUUAAUUAAAUUUGUUUCUGGCAUAUUUCCUCUACUUCAGAUAUAUGCUGGUUCUUUCUUUGCUAUUCCUUUGAUCCGCUGGUUCCUUGUUCGGAAGAGGAAUGCUGAGAUAGAGAAAAGAAACAAAGCCAGGGAACAGGUUGCUCGAACACUUGAGCUGCCUGAUCCUUCACUAAGGCGGAAGCUUCUGAGUGCUCGGGAUUUGGCCCAAAAGACAGUGAUAGGGCAGGAUCGCAUUGUCUAUAGUACUGACAGGGACAUAAUUGAGCAAGAUAUUGAGGCCCAAGAAUGGGAUAGGAGUUUCCGAGAGAUUGAGAAGUCAGAGUAGGAGGCAUUUAUUGGAGUUGAACGACCAGCAUUCUUCUUUCAGAACAUUAUAGCAUCUCCACUUUUAAUAUCCAGCCUCUUAGUGAAGAUCGAUUGGAAGCCAUCUUGGUAUGGCAAGAAUAUAUAGUCUCUUGACAUUGCAGCAGGGAUAAAAAUGGCUUGUAGAGUUGCACUUGUCUUGAUUUUAAAUAUUUCAAGUAUCAAAGAGUUCAUAGUUAUUUUGCUGGGAAAUUUAUCACACUUCCCAUCUUUUAAUUCAUCCAAACUAAACUAGUCAUCUCAGCCUUCCUUUAUGUAGUGAACGUGCAAUCAACUCGUCGCCAGUUGCGCAACUCAUUGAUUCUACUUCGUUCUUUUUUGUUUU